GGACCCGAGAGGCCCGUAUAUAAGGAAGUGAAUCCCCUUCACAACAGCAGAGUGUUUGCUGCUGCCUGAGAACAGUCGCUUAGACAGAGAAAACAUGAAAAUCUUUGUGGCAUUAGCGUGCUUACUGGCAGGCUGCCUGGCCCAGAAGCCUCACCCGUGCGAAAGUCCUCCUCUGCUCAGCGGGGCGCUCACUGUGUCCACGCAGAAUGAAAAGCUGUGGAUCUAUGCCAAAUACCUGUACGACGCACUGGGACAGCGGAUGAGGCUCUUUGAGUUUGGCACCCUGGAUAAUCAGACUUUCACCUACGAUUUUCUUCUGCUCUAUAAAGAGCAUGUCAUGUAUGAGAUCCACUACCACAAUCGUACCUGCAAGAAAAUCCCUCUGAAGGUGGACUUUGAGCCUCUGGGCAUCCCAAACGACGCCUCUCUGCUGGGCCAGGCAAUCGUCGGCAGCUCAUCUGGACCUGGACAAGGACUCCUGGUCAACACCUGGACAGGAGAUCUGCCCAACAAAGAAGGAAAGUACAUGAGCACGGUGACUGAAUUUGGAUGCAUUCCUGUUUCUGUUGCAUUUCAAACAAAACAAUAUGGAUGGAUGGUCUUCAGCUACUUCAACAACGUCAUCGGGAUUUCUGACCCCGGUCAGCUCAACCCUCCAUCCUUCUGCCCGAGUGCAGACGCUUCAACAGACGAGGAGCCCAUUGGCUUCUUUAGUUUGUUCCAUCGGAAGAAUUGAGGGCCUCCUUUAAACCAAUAUGUCCAACUCUUCAACAUGUGGAAGAAGUCAAACUGAGCCUCUAAACCCAGCACUGUAAUUCACUACACUCAAAAAAAAAUUCAUUGGAUUAACAUUUUAUCAUGCCACCUAUAUUCCAUCUAAACAAAUCAUCUUAAGUGAGCCAAACUUUAUCAUGUUAUUUGAACACAAUAUACACGUGUGGGUUGAACAUCAUAUUAAUAUUUGCACACAACUAAUUUGCAUCUUGUUGAAUUUAAAUGGUUGUUCUCAGUUAUUUUGGUUAAAUCAAAUUGAAUGUACUCUACAUUGGUCAAACACCUAAGUCGAACAAAAUUCAACCUUGUUGUAUCAAUACAUACGGGGUUUGUCAGUUAUACUAAUGUCAGUGUUAUUGAAUGAACUAAUGUCAAUCUUGCUGGUUUAAUUAGUGUUGCGUUCAUUCCUAUGACAAGAAUGUAUUGUAUAUGACCAAAUGUGCAUAAAAAUUACAACAUUCAAAUUCAUUUGACAUUUUAUUUAACAUUUGGUUAAUAAACCUUUUGCCUGCAUUACCCACAAUGCAAUUGUAGCAAUUUGCUACUGAAUAACAUUUUUAGCAUAUAACAUACAGCUUCUUCUGGAGCCCCAAAAGUAUAUGUUUUCUUCACAUACGCAGAAAUACCUUAGACAUGUUAAAACAUUUUAACUUGCAAAUUUGGUGGGGUUUCCUCAUUUAAGGUUAAAGUUUAAUAUACGUUUUUUCCCCCAAAUGCAUCUAAAACAUUUUUUCAUCAAAACAUUUAAUACUACUAAACAUCAUUAUACAAUCUUUCAGUAAGUGCAUGACUGUCAUUUCAAGUUCUUACAGUCUUACUGCAUGUUUUAAUUUAACCUGGCGAGUGAUAAGUAACCAGGAACAAACAGCUACACUACACUGCUUACAAACACAUUUCAACCUGAGACAACAUUCUUGGUCUCUGUCUCUUGAGUAUACUAUAUGCAAGUCCUUCUGAACAUUUUCAUGAAUUCUAAUUUUAAACUAAAGCAAAAAAAAAAAAAAAAAAAAAUCUGCAUUGUUGACAUCUACUUAGAGCAAAUUUACUCCAUAAGCUUAUAUUUUAGGAAUUGUGCCUUGGACGACAACUUCUGCCCAUCCAGAUUCAGAAGAAUCUUCUGCAUCACUUCAAAAGUGCAUUUGAGGUCUGGUGGGUAGCUCAGGUUCAGACAGUAUAUUAGUCCAAAUAACAAAGCACAGGCGAUCACAAGUUUGCCCAACUCAUUGAGGAUCUUCACACCUUCAAUCAAGAUACCGAUGUCCUCUGGGUCAUCUCCAGGCUCCGCACCCUCCUUCUGUAUGACAUACACUCCCAACACACCUCGCUGUCUGUGUUCUGUGGGAUAAAAUAAGUACAUUUUGUUUUAUGUUUGCUUGAAUUUAUGACUUCAACCCAGCUCUGCACAAAAUAGAUGAUGAUAAAUAUUGUCAUGGUUGUUUAAAACUGAGAACACUAAAUUUGAUGUCUCUAGUUUUCAAACUCAAAGAAAUUUCAUAAUUAGAUAAAAUAAUAGGCAGAAUUACUAUCCCAUGUGACAGCACAUCAUGACUGAACCUCAUUUACUUCUUAAUUAAAAGGUUAAUUAUCUAAACUUCAAAUUUCAAAUAAUGUACUGUGAACUUAUUAAUUUUAUCAAUGAAAAUAAUAAAAAUACAACUCAAAUAUUUUAA